AGCGGGCUCUCGCCGCCAGCCGCAGCCUGGUUUCAGCGCUCCCAAGUUUCGGCCGAGUCCCUCAUGGCCACCCGCGCCGCCAUGGAUCUCUCUGCCAUCUACGAGAGUCUCCUGUCGCUGAGUCCUGACAUGCCAUCCGACCACGGAGGGACUGAGUCCAGCUCAGGCUGGGGCCCCUCGGGACUCUGGAGCCUGAGCUCAUCGGACUCCAGCCCGUCUGGGGUCACCUCCCGCCUGCCUGGCCGCUCCACCAGCCUGGUGGAGGGCCGCAGCUGUAGCUGGGUGCCCCCACCUCCUGGCUUCGCACCUCUGGCUCCCCGCUCGGGCUCCGAGCUGUCGCCCUCGCCCACCUCACCUACCGCGACCCCCACGGCUUCCUCCCGCUACAAGACUGAGCUAUGUCGGACCUUCUCAGAGAGCGGGCGCUGCCGCUACGGGGCCAAGUGCCAGUUUGCCCAUGGCCUGGGUGAGCUGCGCCAGGCCAAUCGCCACCCGAAGUACAAGACGGAACUCUGCCACAAGUUCUACCUCCAGGGCCGCUGCCCCUAUGGCUCACGCUGCCACUUCAUCCACAACCCCAGCGAGGACCUGGCCGCCCCGGGCCAACCCCAUGUGCUUCGCCAGAGCAUCAGCUUCUCUGGCCUGCCCUCAGGCCGCCGAACCUCGCCACCACCAACCGGCCUGGCAGGCUCUUCCCUGUCCUUCUCGCCCUCCAGCUCCCCACCACCACCUGGGGAGCUUCCACUUUCACCCUCUGCCUUCUCUGCUGCCCCUGGGACCCCUGUGGCACGAAGAGACCCCACCCCAGCCUGUUGUCCCUCCUGCCGAAGGGCCACUCCUAUCAGCAUCUGGGGGCCCUUGGGUGGCCUGGCUCGGAGCCCCUCUACACAGUCCCUGGGAUCUGACCCCGAUGAAUAUGCCAGCAGCGGCAGCAGCCUGGGGGGAUCUGACUCGCCUGUCUUUGAGGCAGGGGUUUUUGGGCCACCCCAGCCACCUGCACCUGCAGUCCCCCGGAGACUCCCCAUCUUCAAUCGCAUCUCGGUUUCUGAGUGACAAGUGCCUGCCCAGUGCAGAUCAGCUGGAUCUUUAGGGGAGCCACUUCUUUUGUGCCCUGGGCUCCACAUGGGCCCCAGGGCUGUGGGGACCGGGGGAACUCUUAAUUAAGUAGUCCCCCCUUCCAAAAUGCAUUAACCUAUUCCCCCUGACCCCACGCUGGGGCAGGUCCUCAGUGUGCAAGCUCAGUGUUCAUGGUGUUGGGGGAUGGAGUAUUUUCUGGGGUUCUUUUUAAAAAAAAAAAAUGUAGCAUAUUUGAGGGGGGCAGUGAGCCCUCCCUUCCCAUCUCUCCCCUACCCAAAUCUGUCUCCUGGGAUCUUAGACGUGCUGUGAAUAAUAGGCCCUCUCUGCCCCCUCCCAACUUUUUCUAGACUUGAGGUUCUAGUGCCUGGUGGUGACUGGAACCUCCCCUGAGGGGGAAUCCUGGUGCUCAUAUUUCCCUCCAAAAGCAAGUAGCCAAAGCCAUUGCCAAACCCCUCCUCCAAAUCAACGGGCCCUUUAUUUAUGACUUUAUUUAUUCUAAUAAGAUUUUAUAGUAUUUAUAUAUAUUGGGUUGUCUGCUUCCCUUGUAUUUUACUUCCUCUUUUUUGUAAUGUUGGAAACGAUGGCAUAAUUAUUGUAAGUAUACUAUAAUAAUAAUAUAUUAAGUAAUAUAUAUUGUUACCUUAAAUGUUUAUUUUUGUGGCUUUUUUGGAAUUUUUAAAUAAAAGAAAUCUGCGUGUAAA